AUGGUUGGUCCGCAGGAUCCACUACAGCACACCUUCUCCGACACAGUGCUGGGCGCCCUACGACUUGACACAUCGGGUGCGAACACGCGAGACAUCCUUCCUCAUUUAUGGCAGCUCAACAUAGAUAGUUCGGUCAAGAAUUGGUCAGACCACGGUCUGGUGAGUAUGCUUGCUUCCCGUAGGGACAUCGACCACCGUUCACCUGCAGGGAGUGUGUCACGCCUCAAGUAUCUUUACAUUAACCAUUUAGGGGACGGAAUUGGAUUCGAAGAUGCAGCGGCCGCUGCCCAGCUGAGGACAUUGAUAGAGGGAGGACUCGUUGUCACGGAUUGGAACGGCAAGGCCAUCAUUAUAUGA